AUGGCACCCAAAAACAACAACAACCGUAAAGGACGCUCCAACCGCAAUGGAUCUCGACCUAAACCCAAUAAUGAAAACAACAAACGUCAACCAAAACGCCAUUUUGGUUGCGGCAUCUGUCAGGCGGAUCAUAGCUUAACAAACUGUAGGAAGUUCCAAAAGAUGAACUUGGCUGAAAAAUACCAAACCGCUGUUAAAUUACACUAUUGCGUAAACUGUCUGGCCAGGAAUCACCUAAUUGGAAAAUGUUCCAGCAAAUCCCGGUGCCAAAAGUGCAAGGGCAAACACCACACCGCUCUACAUGGUCCCGAUCGUAUCCUUAAGGAUCUCCAAAAGGAACAAUCCCCACCAACACCAUCGGAAAGGACCACGGUACCGAUUCCUGCGCCACGAACAAUUGUCAAACAGACACUAACCACCUUGCCGACGUCAAGGACCCAAACAAUUGUCCCUACGGUUGUGGUACAAGUUGUCACGGAGAAAUCCAAACAGCUAGUAAGAGCUCUCUUAAACCCGAGCCUAACAACGUCCAAAAUUGGAGUAGCGUUUGUUCACGAAGCUGAACUCAACCCCUUCAAAGUGGAUGAAAAUGUAUAUGUAAAGGUCAUCAUAUCACCCAACAUGGCCUCCACAAUGCAGUAUGAAGUGUGCAUGCAGGUUUCAAAUGACCUGCCAAAAACCCCUUACCCGCAUGGUUUGGACCCAGCUAUAAAAGGGAAAUUUUGCCGAAUUUCUCUGGCCGACCCAGAAUUUUAUUCCAAUUCACCCGUAGCCAUGGAAAUUGGUGGUGAUUUAUAUACCACCAUUUUACAACCAAAUACGAUCCAUAUUGAUGGCGGAUCACUGAUAGUUCAGGAUUCAACGCUGGGUUGGCUAAUUAUGGGAUCCCUUACCAAUUAA